GCUCAUAUAUAAGCCUCUAAGCCUCACUUUCAAUUAAAGGGUAGGGUGCCUAUCAUCCAUUGCUCGUGACCAUUCUCACUAUCAUUUCAUACAUACUUAAACCAUAGGCUAGCAGCCAUGAGAGUAUUUUCAAAACAGAAGAUGUCGCUAAUCUCCCAGGGAACCGGUGAGUGUAUUUACGAACUCAGAAACAGAGCCUCGCUGGACACGGAGACCAGGCAACUCGUGAAAUCUUUCCUAGAAGAGUUUACUGGAUGUUUGAAACCUAGGUGUAACGAAAGCAAAGCUCUGUCAACAAUGAAACGAGUUGUAACCGAAACAUUAGACAAACACAGAUACUCCUACAAUGGUAUGCUCUACACACUGUCCUUGGAUGACAGCACAGGGCAUGACGUGGGAUUCGUGGGUGUAGUUGCUAACAGGCUCUUCGCAGAUGGGGUCACCAACUGGGGCCGGGUUGUGAGCCUGCUCGCAUUCGGUGCUGCGGUGUGCCGGUACCUCAAGGAUAAGGGCAAAGAGAACUGUGUGGAAGCGGUGGGACAAGAGAUCUCCAUGCACCUACUGACCGACCAUAAAGACUGGCUGGUCAAAAACAACUCAUGGGACGGAUUCGUCGAGUUCUUUCGGGUAGCAGAGGAGUCUACAUUGAGAAACGUACUCGUAACAUUUGCUGCAUUUGCUGGCUUUUGGGCAGCGCUGGUCAUGUUGGACAUGUAA